AUGGCUGCUCAGAUUAGUGAAGGAUCAUAUGAAAAUAGAAAUAAGUCUAGAGACACGAAACUUAGUUGGCGAAAAUUGAAGGGCUCUUUGCGAGAAGAAGAAAGCCAGGCGAUUCCAACUACCUCGAAGGGUACUCAUUUGAAAACGCAUUUCAGUGCUGAGGUUGAUGAAACAGAAAGUCAAAAUGUUGCCGUGGCUGAAGUCAACCAAAAAAGCAAUACAAGUGUACGGAAUGCAGAUACUUCUGGAGGCUUCAGUGCUAGGGCGAGAAAACUGCUGCAAAGGAUUGAAAUUUUUAAGGAAACGAAGACUUCGAGUGCUUCAGGAAGUUUGGCUAAGGAAGAAAGUUCCGAAAGUUUAAAGUCUGCAAAGAGCUUUUGGAAACAACGUGACCGCCUAAGCAAUAAGGGCUUAGAAAGUUCCAGCAGGGUUCAUGCAGACUCUAGUAAAACUUCUAAAAAUAUCAGUGUAAUUCCCGAAACAUCCUAUAAAAGCUUCGAGAGCACCAGUAAGCGUAAAAACAGCUUUGGCGGCAUAUUUGCAAUAACAAAAUCAGUUGUCAAUAUUGAAGGCUCUAAGUCAAAACCUGGUUUCUCGGCAAAGUCGUUACCACGUGCUACCUCAAAGGAUGCUAGUGAAAUCACGGAAACCACUAAAAAACUGUUUGAUGAAAUGGUUUCAAAAAUUGAAAAACCGGUGUCAAAGAAGCCCAAAAUUCAGAUGCCAGAGGAAGCUGAAGAAGAUCAGAGUACCGUUGAAAGACGAUGGUUUAGUGUUAAAAAAAAAGAGCCGGAAUUUCAACCUUCAGUAUCAAGAAAUGAAACGGCUUCUAGCGCCAGUAUUAAUACUAAAGAGGAACUGUCGAAAAAUAAAGAAGUUGAAAACGACACUAUACGAAGGCAUACUCCAACAAUUAUAAUUGAACCGUAUAAGGGUAUUAGUAUGCGAGUCGACAGCGACUUACCAAGUGAACCAAAUGCUACGCUUAAUGAAGAGAGUAGAAGAUCACGACAUAAUUCGAUGACAAAAGCACAAGCAAUAGAACUCGCUUCCAGAAUUUUGAGUACACCGGAACCAAAUAAACCUUCCACAACAGCGUCACUACAAAAAACGAUCAAUGAAAGACGCAGCCUAAUUUUGGAGGCAAACCGGUUAGUGAAAAAGCAGCCAAACAAGGACUUCUUGCAUGGUGUCAGUGGGCGACUAAAAAUUAUCCAGCAACCUUAUUCAUCACACUCUCAGGUAAAGAUAACGAAUUUUUCAUCGUCUUGGGCCGAUGGAAUGGCAUUUUGCGCUCUCGCACAUCGAUUCAGCUCGCCUUCAACCAGUUUCGAUUUCAAUACAUUAAACCCAGCUGAACGUGAGAAGAACUUAAACCUUGCCUUCAGCACGGCUGAGGCCAAUGGUGUGGUGCCACUAUUAGAAGUUGGCGACAUGAUCUUGAUGGGUGACAAACCUGACUGGAAGUGCAUCUUUAUCUACGUACAAUCUUUUUACAUAAAAUUUAAAGACCGAGUUUAG